AUGGAGCAGCUGCGGCGAAUGGGAGCGGGGUAUUUCUCGGGAGGUAUGGAUCCAAGUGUAGCUGAUGAGUGGAGGGAGCGGAUGGAGGAUAUUUUCCAGUCGCUUCGGUGUCCUGACCGGCAUAGAGUGGAUCUGGCAGUGAUUUUCUUCUGGCUCUGUUUGUUGCUACUGGUGAAAGGGGAGUUGAGUUUAGGGAGCAACAGAGAUACUCUUCUCUCUAUACUCAGAGAAUUUGGUUUGCCGCGGGAUUAUGCAGAGAGUUGGAAAUCGGAUGAUACUUGUAAUUGGUAUGGAAUACUCUGCUUAGACGGACAGAUCAAGGCAAUUCGCUUCACAUACAUGAACCUGACGGGUACAAUCUCUCCCAAGUUUGCGGAUAUCACAUCACUCACUCUGCUUGAUCUUUCGCACAACAGUCUUACCGGAACUAUUCCCUGGGAGCUCACCAAGCUGAACCUGUUGUCAAUUCUAGAUCUUUCAUACAAUCAGCUUCACGGGAAAGUUCCUCAAUUCAAGACGAUAGCUCCACACGUUGAAGGGAAUCCGGGGAUUAUUAACACGACCAACAUUUUUGUUCCUUCACAUACAGGUAACAAGAAAAGAUCAGUCAGUUUGGGUCUUCUGAUUGGCAUUUUAGCUGUUGGUUUGCUAAUUAUCGGAGGAGGAUUUGUUGCCCUCUAUCUUCUUAUGAGAUCGAAGCGAGCGGAUAGGCAAUCAGAACCGAAUGAAGCCUUGGAACUCACGCAACAGUCUUUUGAGCAGCAGGUCUUCGAACUCGAGAACAGGGCAUUCCCGUUGCAGGUUCUCAAGAACGCUACGGAUGACUUCAGCCAUAGAAACAUAGUUGGGAGAGGCGGUUUCGGAGUAGUGUAUAAAGGCAUACUCCAGGAUGGGUUAGAGGUUGCUAUAAAGAGGAUGGAACAGCCUGUCAUAGGUGGGAUAGGCGCUGAUGAUUUCAGAUCCGAGGUUAGACUUCUAACCAAGGUACAUCACCGUAACCUUGUGACUCUUCAUGGUUACUGCCUCGACGGAAACGACAGCAUGUUUGUUUACGAGUACAUGCCGCAGGGGACGCUAAGCCGACAUCUGUUUGACUGGAAGGACCAGGGAUUGAGACAACUCGACUGGACUAGACGCCUCCUUAUUGCGUUGGAUGUCGCUAGAGGAGUAGAGUAUCUCCAUACCCUGGCGCGUCAGAGUCAGAGCUACAUCCACAGGGACCUGAAACCCUCCAACAUUCUUCUGGGAGAAGAUUUGCGCGCGAAAGUUUCUGAUUUCGGUUUACUCCGGUCUAUAGAAGAAGGCAGAGAAUCGAUUCGAACCAAGUAUGUUGGAACAUUCGGUUAUAUCGCACCGGAAUAUACAUCGACGGGAAGGCUCACUAGAAAGGUUGAUGUGUACAGCUAUGGAGUCAUUCUAAUGGAGCUUUUAACCGGCCAAAAUGCCAUAGAUGAGGCUCGAUCUGAUACUCACAUAGCGACUUGGUUCAGGAAGAUGGUGUUUGAGAAAGAUUCAUUAGCAAAGGCAAUUGACAACAUCAUUGAGGUCGACGAAGAGACUCGAAGAAGCAUCCAGGAAGUAGCUGAACUUGCAUGUCACUGCUGCAGCAUGGAACCAGAGGAGAGGCCAGAGAUGAGUCAUGUUGUCUCUGUUCUUGCGUCUGUUGUUGAGCAAUGGGAACCCAACAGUGAGGUCAAAGUCGAAAAGGAAAAAGAUAUAAACAAGACAUAUCAACAGGAACUUGCAAGGAGAUGGCAGACGGAUUUGGAGGCAAGUAGCAGUUGUUUGAGUUGA